CUGCCUCCGCGGGAUGUGGGUGGGAGGGCGCUGGGUGCCCAUCCCAGAGCAGGGCUGUGCCGCCUUCCCGGGCAUCCCCUUGCUGGCACGCAGGAUGCGGCCAUGUGCUCCCCUCGCCCCCAGCUCAGCAGGGCCGAGCUCGGCAUCGCCAGCCAAGGGUCCAGGUGGGUCUAGGCAGGUCCGAGCUCUUGCCGGCACCUCAUCCUGCCCCGGGCAGGCGAGCGGUGCUGGAGCACGAGUGGGCUCAGCCAGUCGGACCAGUUGUGCUCCCUCCUGUCCCGAUGGAGAGGCACCUUCCCGGUGCCCAAGGUAGGUGCUGGGACCUGAAUCCCAUCCACGAUGCCUGUGGCGCAGCAGCUCCCCGGUGCCGUCCCCGGUGCCGCGGGAGGGCUGCCGUCCCUUCCCCUUGCAGGCUGGGCAGAUGCAGCGGGCAGCACGGCGACAGCGUGAGACCCCUGAGGGACGUCUGGAAGAGAUGCUGAGGUCACAUCAGGAGUCGGCAUGUGGGGACCCGGCGGACAAAGCCCAGCCGGGGGGGAGAGCUGCGGCAGGGAUCCGGGAAUCGCGCCUGCAUGGGGCUGCAGCGCUGGUUGGCGAGCAGGAGCACGGCUUCAGUAGGGAUUUCCCAGUAAAAACAUUCAGGAAGGGGACGGUGCAGCUUUCGGCUUCCUCCCGGUCCCACCAGCACCUCCAUCUAAUUGCACAUCGCUGACGUGAAUACGAGGUGUCUCUUCUUGCCCGCGAUGGAGAAGAGCAGCCCCGAUGAUGGAGAGGAGCAGCGGGACCGUUCCCGGGUGGCAGCCAGCAUCCUUCAGCGGGCGUACUUAAGGCCGAGCGCCCGGAGGGCCAGAGCAAGAGGAGAACUCGCCGCAGAGACGCCCGCCCGCAGCCCGCAGCUCCUUUUGGACCGGGAAGAUGCUGCCCGCUACGUUCAAGCUCUGCGCUGCCAUCUCCUACCGGCACCUGCGCAACAUGACCGGUCUGAGAAGACAAGCCGCUGUCACCAUCAGCCAGGAGCUGAGCAAGUUCGCCUGCCACAGCACGGGACCCAGCACGUGGAUUAACCAGGUUCGCAGAAGAAGCUCCUUGCUCAGCUCAAGGCUGGAGGAGAAGCCGUUCAGCGAGAUGGAAAUGUCUUACGUCAAGCAAGGAGAGGAAGCCCUCCAGAAAUCACUCAGCAUCCUUGGGGACCAGGACGGCUGGAAGACAGAGACAGUGGUGGAUAACGGCGACAAAGUGCUGAGCAAGGUGCUCCCGGACGUGGGCAAGGUGUUCCGACUCGAGGUGGUGGUGGACCAGCCCCUGGACGCGGUGUACAGUGAGCUGGUGGACAACAUGGAGCAGAUGGGAGACUGGAAUCCCAACGUCAAAGAAGUCAAGAUUCUCCAGAAGAUUGGAAAGGACACAGUGAUCACCCACGAGAAGGCGGCCGCUACCCCUGGUAACAUUGUUGGACCACGGGACUUUGUGAGCGUCCGGUGCUCUAAGAGACGUGGCUCCACCUGCGUCCUGGCCGGCAUGUCCACAAAAUACGGAGCUAUGCCAGAACAGGAAGGAUUUAUAAGAGCUGAGAACGGUCCCACGUGUAUGAUCCUGCGCCCGCUGCCCGGCAGUCCUUCGCAAACCAAGCUAACGUGGCUCCUCAGCAUUGACCUGAAGGGCUGGCUGCCGAAGACGAUCAUCAACCAGGUCCUGUCCCAGACGCAGGUCGACUUUGCCAACCACCUUCGGGAGCGCCUGGCCCGGACGGUGGCCCUGAACUGCUGACCACAGUGACUAGUGUUGUAAUGCUUUGAUCAGGGGUGAAGUAGGGAAUCAUGUCGUGGGGCAAGUCAAGUCAGACAAUUUAAUUACAGCCUGUGCUAAUUAGCCAAGACCUUUAAUAGUAGAUACCACUACUUAAUACAUGGUUUCAAUAAAUAAAUAAAGCUGUGUUUAUUGUAACUAAUUAGUUAGGCCUCUGUGACCUCCCUGACAGGGCCAGCACAUGCUCGUUGUGCAAAUGCAGGACCAAAAAGUUGAGGCAAGUCCUGCAUGUGCUGGCCCAGUCAGGCUCCUGCCACCUCCCUAACUAAUUACUUUCAAUAAAUAAAUAAAGCAAGCUUUAAUUAGUGGUGUCUACUAUUAAAGGCCUUGGCUAAUUAGUUAUUAGGAAUAGCAGGAGCACCAGCAUGGGACUGACUGACUUCACAUUUUACUCCCCUCCUUCCCCCAAAACACAAACACAGCACACACUUACCUGGGGGUAGAAGCAGCUCUAAUUUAUUUUUCCAGACACACACAAAGUGUCAAAUUAUUUAUUCAUUCAAAGCUCUGUGUAACUAACUUGUCAAUGCAGUGAGCAGAAGGAGAUCUUCAGCUUGAGUGAUCUCUAACGGUGUAGCUACUUUGAGUUUAAAUCUCAUUCAUAACAAGUCACAAGACAAAAAACCAAAACAACAAAAGAAAGAGUUAAAGCCUUUAUUUUUAAACUGGUUUCCAGUUUGUGGGGAAAAAAAAUACAGUUUGGACAGAAGCCCAAAUUUCAGUCUUACAUGCAGUAGUCUUGUUACAACACAAUCCUUCUGGCUGGAAGCUGUUGUUUACAAUUAGCCAAACACAGGUCAGCAGAAGUGUCAAUGUUCCUUCUGCAAGUGUACAUAGAGCAGGUCUGUCCAAUUACAGCCUGCUCUCACUGAACAAAUUGACUGUUACAACCCAGGUACAUCACAGGAGAAGUUACCUCGACACAAUACUUGCUUCUUCAGCUAGCUACACUGUAAACGUUACUGAAGACUCCGAGAUGCCCACAAAUAGCACAAUACAUACUAGAACUGCAUUCACUUAGACUCCAGCGUAGUGGUAGAGCAUGAAUCUUCAGCAGGUAACAAAUAUACAUAAGGCCUGCCAUCAAGAGCUGCGUUGGCUUCAGCUUGUUUGCUUGUUGGCUGAUCGCUCUGAGUGAUGCAUGUUCCUCUACAAUAAAAACCACUUGACUGGA